AUGGCUGAUAACCCACGCCUGAUCUUUGGCGCCUCGUGCAACAAGGCGAUAUACCAGCAUAUCAUCCGCCACCGCCUCCGCUCCAGUGAGUGCGUUUGGAAGGGUAUUGACCAGCUCAAGGCGAAGAUGUACCUUGUCCGUGCUGACGGCUCGUCCUGGGGCGCCGCCUUUGACCAGGUUGCUCUCCCGAGACUUGCCAACGCCCUCAAGAGUCGCCACCGUAUACUGGUCAAGGUUGGUGCUGCGUCCGAGGGCGACGCGCCUUGGGCCCCGUGGGUUGAUGGCCUCCUCCACCCAGACUGGUCGGGCAUCGCGGCGCAUAUCUCCCAAGACGUCGGCGAGGCCUUGCUCGAGAACCUGCCGCAACGACAAGACGCACCCCAGCAACCCCAACAACAACAACAACAAAAACAACAAAAACAACAACAGCCCGAGCGACGGGCAUCUCACCACGACGUCUCGACCGUCAUCCCACCUUCCGCAAUCGUCGAACCCUCCGUCCUUCUCGGGCCCGAUGACUCGGUAUCCGUAGCAGGCGCUCGUCUACGCCAUGACCGCCACCGCCUCCGCCGUGCCGACACCCGCUCCAUCGGCGAGAUACAAGACGAUCUGGUCUUUGGCGCCCGGCGCCUCUUCGAGUGUACAAAGCAGAUCAACCGUUUGCAGUUCGACAGGCCACCGCCGCCACCACCGCAACAAUACAGCCAGCCUCGGCCGAGACCAAUACAAGAUGGUGAUGUCGCCACGGCGGCAGGCGUAGACACCGACGGGCACAAGGGCUAUGACGAUAGUGACGGCUCAUGGAGACAUGCAGUCAUCUUGGCGCGCGUAUCCCGCUGGCGCCUUGUCAAACGACUCAUCAGCCUUGAGAGGGAGCUCGACCGAGCCUGGCGCAACACUCUGCUCGGUCCCGCGGUGAACGAUGUUAUGCCGCCCUCCAGUCUCCUGGGCGGCAUCUGGCUCCACUUCCUUGGUGCUGGCGAGGAGCGUCUCCUCCUGCGGUCUGCUGCUGACACAAAUCGCCAUGAUGACGGCGGCCUCGGUCUGGACGUCGAGAGCAUUGCUGCUCUGGCGGUUGACGACAACGGGUUUGAUAUCAUUGUCGAGGACGAGUAUGACUGA